AUGGCCGGAGAUGGCCAUCGUGGACCAAAGGAUAUGGAGGCUCUGUCGGAUCAUGCAAAGGACCAGGGACACCACAAUUUCCAAGUCGACGGCAUGGGAAUCGUCGUAAACGAUGGAUUGGUGUACUCCCUUCCAGAGGACGAGGAGUCGCUCUACUUUGGCCAGUCCAGCACAUAUAACUUCGUUUACCAAGGCCAACAGAUCCUCCGGGACUCAAGCCGGAGUUUCCUGGAGGAGGACCAUUUCUUGGACGAGAGCUAUCCUUCAGACCAGUAUGCCGCAGAAUCGUACUAA